CCUUCACCAAAAUCCAACCUCUCAGACCUUCAUAUGCCUCAAAAUCCCUUGUUGGCGCUUCUCUUUUUUCUUAGCAUUGCAUGCGCCCUUGGCUAUACAGGUGGCGCCAUUGGCGUCAACUGGGGUACCAUGUCUUCUCAUCCUCUCCCACCUCCCAAGGUGGUUGAGCUCUUGAAGUCCAACGACAUUUCCAAAGUGAAGCUUUUCGAUGCUGACCCACUUGUGCUACAAGCUCUCUCUGGCUCCAACAUUCUUGUCACCCUGGGUAUCCCCAAUUCCAUGCUCUCAACGUUGAACUCCUCCAAGAAAGCUGCUGAGAGUUGGGUCCAUGAUAAUGUCACCCGCUACUUUUCUCAUGGUGCUGGAGUUCGAAUUGAGUAUGUUGCUGUUGGAGAUGAACCAUUUCUCCUAAGUUAUGGUGAGAAGUUUCACCCUUUGUCAUUGAGCUACAUGAACAUCCAAGCAGCUUUAACAAAAGCAAGCUUGGCUACCGAAGUGAAAGUUGUUGUUCCAUGUAGUUCUGAUACCUUUGUGUCAGAGUCCGGUCUGCCUUCAAAAGGACACUUCAGGACCGACCUCAACAAAACCAUGAUUGAGCUACUUACAUUUCUCAGCAAACACCGCUCUCCUUUCUUUGUGACUAUUUCUCCUUUUAUAAGUUUGCAGCAGAAAAAGAAUGUAUCACUUGACUUUACUCUUUUCAAAGGUAAUGCACAUCACAACGACAGUCAUAGAACUUACAGAAACAGCUUCGACUUAAGUUAUGAUACCCUUGUUACUGCAUUGUCAAAGCUUGGGUUUCCAGAGAUAGAUAUAGUUGUUGCACGUAUUGGUUGGCCUACUGAUGGAGCAGCCAAUGCAACCUCAUCUAUUGCUGAGACAUUUAUGAAGGGUCUCAUUGAUCACCUUCAUAGCAAAACGGGAACUCCUCUCAGACCUCGGAAUCCUCCUAUUGAAACAUUCAUAUUUAGCCUCUUGGAUGAGGACCAAAGGAGCAUAACCUCCGGAAAUUUUGAGCGACAUUGGGGCAUGUUCACUUUUGAUGGCCAAGCCAAGUACCAUUUCAACAUCGGCCUGGGCUCUAAAAACCUUGUGAAUGCCCAAUUUGUUGAAUACCUUCCUUCAAAAUGGUGUGUUGUAAACAAUAACAAAGAUUUGUCAAAUGCAACUGAAAAAGCUUUGGAGGCAUGUUCUGUAUCUGAUUGUACUGUGUUAUCUCCUGGUGGCUCCUGUUUCAAUAUCAGUUGGCCUGGUAAAUCCUACGCAUUUAAUAGCUACUAUCAGCAGCAUGAUCAAAGGGCAGAUGGCUGUGAUUUUGGGGGGUUGGGUCUCAUCACUACUGUUGACCCAUCUGUUGAUAACUGCAGAUUUUUUGUUGAACUUCAAACUUCUCAUUCAACUUUUGGUCACGAGGCUCAUCUCUUUCUGUGGACAAUAUCUCUGGUGGCCUGCCUUUUCUCAUGUUUAUCGGGUUUCACGUGGUAGAGAGACGUGCUUUUUAAAUUAUGAAAGGCGUAUUGCUGUGAUAUUUUUUCUGCAUGGAUUUAGGUUAGCUCCCAAAGCUCUGUUAAUUACUGAUUUUCAGCUUAAAGAGAACGAAGAAGACCAAAUUGACCUCAUUUUGCGUUUUGGCAGUCAUUUUGGAUCUGUGUUGGAAAUGUUGGAUCGAUAUCGAUCCAAAGUUUGGAUGUUGGACAUACCCUGUUUUAGCAGUUAUGAUUUUGGUAAUAAUUAAUUUCUUGUGUGAGAUC